AAUAUUAUAUAUGAUAUAAGCGAAGCUUUUAUAUGAUCUGAUAUUACAAGAAAGAUUGAAUUGACAUUUGAGAUUAGACCGGCUGCAUGUCAUGAUUAUUACAUGUCAGACAAAUUAAAAAAUGUGUCAAUUGCAUUAACCAAAAACACAAAUGGAAAUAACCGAUGCCGGUUUAGUUGAUUCGGUUUGGUGCUCACACAGACACAGUGACACACUUAUUCGUCGUCUCUCUCAAAACCUGUAAAAGAAGGAAGAAGAAUCCCACCGUCGUUGAUGCUCGUCGCACAAACAGAAAAGGUCUUUCCUUUCUCUCACUCGCUUCACUUCUAAUCGUUUCUUCAACAUUAAAGUUGUUUCCUUUACACAAAAAAAACUCAUUUUUCACUAACCCUUUUGCUGUUUUCAGGGUUUAUGAUCUUCUGCUUCUCUCUUUGCUCGGAAAGGUAUUUGGGGUUUUCUCCUCCUUUUUUACUAUUUAUAGAAACUUCUUUCCGUGGAGUUGAAGAAACUGUAAGGCGAUGGAUGAGCUGAACAUCUGUAGGGAGAGAGGCGAGGGUCUGCGUAGAGCGUUGGAUGAGGUUUACGCUUACGCUUACGCCGAGGCGAGGAUCUUGGCAUUACAGUCCAAGGAGGUGGAGCUGAAAGACAAAAGCUUUGCACUUGAGGAAAGAGCUAAAAAGGUUGUUGCUUUAGAGAGGAAGGCUGAUGGGUUUCGUGUGGAAGUUGAAGCGAAGAGGAAAGAACUAAACUUUCUUAGGUAUCAGGUGGAGAUUUCUCGAGGUGAGUCCAAUGCAGAGGGAGUGAGACUCUCCGAGGUUAGGAGAUUGGUGGAAGAGUGUGAGGCAGAGAGAGUUUUAAAGGCGAGUCACCUUAGUGAGACUCAGGUUGAGCUUGAUUCGAUGAAGACUGAGCUUGAGAGGUAUCAUGCUCAGGUGAGGGCCGAGAUGGAGACUCUGAGGAAGCUGAGAGGAAGUUGAAAGAUCUCACGUUGGUUCAAGACAAGAUUGAGGGAUGUGAGAAGGUGUCGUCUGAGGUUGUCUCCAAAGAGAAAGAGUUGGAAGUGGUUUGUAAGAAAAUUGACUUGAGGGAACAGGCGGUCAUUUCCGUGAAUAACGACAUGAUGGAGGCUUGCCAACGGAUGGAAACAAAACGCAAGGAGUUGGAGAACAUUCAAAAGCCAAUCGAGAAACACAAUGAACAACUUGCUUCAGCUGAGAUUGCGCCUGCUCUAGCACCUGUCAACAAUGUGAUAUCAUUUGAUGUUAAGCCUGAAGAAACAAUCAACAUUAGUGUGUCUUCUUUAUCUCAUUUGCCUAAUGAAGAUGGUCUUCUUAGGGACAUUGAGUGCUCAACAUCUUUAUCUCCGAACGAAGUCUGUACUGAACUUCCAAUGUUUAAAGAUCCAGGCAGGUUUGUUCUAACUUCCGUCGAGAAAGCGCUCACGGAUGCUAGCGAGAGAGGGGAGUUGAGUUUAGAAGAGCCUAUACUAAUGUCUUUGGUUCCCCUCUUGGAGGAGCGGGCGCGUGUUGUUGUAAUCUCUACUGAUCCUGAUCUACAGUCUGAUGCAACAAGAGUGGCACAUUGGUGGGUCAAGAUGAUGGGAGCUAGCGUUGAGAAGUCGCAGCUGGAGGCUUGGGCUGUUCUGCAGUUCAUUGUUGCGUUUGGGUUGGUGAAACAAACUCAACCGGAUCAAACUCUACAGCUUGCUUCUUAUGUUGCUCACUUCAAACACGCUCCAAAGCUUUUUUAAUCUCUGCAGAUUUUGUCACACAGCUCUUUGAUAAAGGCUUAUAUAUUGCGGCAAUCCCGUUUAUGCUUUCCUUCAAUGUGAAGAACAACUUUUCUCCACUGGAGUUGUUGAAGGAACAGAUUAUCAAUCUCAGACUCUCAGCCAAGGAAAAUAGAAGAUAUGAAUCACAGGCUGAAGAAGCUAACAGAGAUGCUGCUACAAUGUGGGACAUAAUGGAACUCAUUGAAGACUUCAAGCUUGAAAAUUGACAUUCCUGUGGAUCUUAUCUUCAAAUUCAUGGUUCCUAGAGAAAUUCAAAACCUUCCAGUUCAAUCACCUUCAGACACAGUCAUUCAAAGCUCAUGCAUUGCCACUCAGGGCUCAAACCCUAGCCUUCCAACAAGCUUUGGUACGGAACCGUAUCAAGCUGGUGGUUCAACUGCUUUGUUGCAAGGCUGGUUCUAAACGUCCAACGGUGGAUGCUGAGGGUCCUAGACCGGUGAUUAGACCUUGCUUCAAUCCACCAUCAGGCUUUGGCGGAUUCUAGUGCUCUCUGUCUCAAGUCUAUGGCCUAUAAAGCUAGGUAGCUAAGUAGUAGGAAGUAACUAAGAAGUAACAGCUUUUUAUUAUUGUAACUUGUCUUCACGUUGUAGCUAACGUGUAACACAAUGCUGUCUAUGUUUUCUGAUACUAUGAUCAUCAGACACGCUUGGAUUUGAAACCUGUCAGUGACCUUGAAUCAUAAAUAUCUAGCUUAUGAUUCAAUCCACGCUCGCCUUGCGAUAUCUUGUGCAGUACGUUUGAUUUUGAACUUCGUUUUUCAUUGAGAUUUUUAGCCUGUUUUGAAUUUUGCGUUACAGAGACUUGAUAAUGUAACGUGAGGUAUGUAUGUGGUUCAAGGCCAAGCAAGAGACAGUGGAGAAAGUGUCUGAGACUGUAUUUUUGUCCUUUUGUCCUUA